GUUUUAGUGAUGACAGCCCAAAUACUUUUAAACAUUUUGAGGCACAGCAUAAUUAAAAUGGAAGCCAUUGAUCUCCUUAUUCUGGAUGAGUGCCAUCAUGCUGUUAAGAAACAUCCAUAUUCUUUAGUGAUGUCUGAGUUCUAUCACACUACCCCAAAGGAGAAAAGACCAACUGUUUUUGGAAUGACGGCUUCACCUGUUAACUUAAAGGGUGUUUCAAGUCAAGUCGACUGUGCAAUGAAAAUUCGUAAUCUUGAGAGCAAACUAGAUUCCAUCGUUUGUACAAUAAAAGACAGGAAGGAGCUGGAAAAGCAUGUCCCAAUGCCUUCAGAAAUUGUUGUGGAGUAUGACAAAGCUGCUACCUUGUGGUCUCUUCAUGAACAAAUAAAGCAAAUGGAAGUAGCAGUUGAGGAAGCUGCACAAUCAAGCUCUAAAAGGAGUAAAUGGCAAUUUAUGGGAGCAAGAGAUGCAGGAGCCAAAGAAGAGUUACGCCAAGUUUAUGGUGUCUCUGAACGAACAGAGAGUGAUGGAGCUGCUAAUUUGGUUCAAAAAUUGAGAGCUAUCAAUUAUGCACUUGCUGAACUGGGUCAAUGGUGUGCUUUCAAGGUUGCACAAUCCUUUUUGACUGCUUUACAAAACGAUGAAAGGGUAAGCUACCAGCUUGAUGUGAAAUUUCAGGAAACCUACCUGAGUAAAGUUGUCUCUCUUUUACAAUGCCUAUUAUCGGAGGGUGCUGCUUCUGACAAGGAUAUGAAAGCUGUUGACACUGAAAAUGACACUGAAUUGGGUGGAAAUAAUCUUGAUGACAUUGAGGAGGGCGAGCUUCCUGAUACUCAUGCCGUCUCUGGUGGGGAGCAUGUGGAUGUAAUAAUAGGAGCUGCUGUAGCUGACGGAAAAGUGACUCCAAAAGUGCAGUCAUUGAUUAAAAUACUUAUGAAGUAUCAACAUACAGAGGAUUUUCGUGCAAUCAUCUUUGUUGAACGAGUUGUGGCUGCUUUGGUUCUUCCAAAGGUUUUUUCUGAGCUUCCAUCUCUAAGUUUUAUCAAGUGUGCAAGCUUGAUUGGGCACAACAACAGCCAGGAGAUGCGUACAUGCCAAAUGCAGGACACAAUUUCCAAAUUCCGAGAUGGUCGUGUAACACUGUUAGUUGCCACCAGUGUUGCUGAGGAAGGGCUUGAUAUUAGGCAAUGCAAUGUCGUCAUUCGCUUUGACCUUGCAAAAACUGUUUUGGCAUAUAUUCAGUCAAGGGGGCGUGCUAGAAAGCCUGGAUCAGAUUAUAUCCUGAUGGUUGAGAGGGAAAAUCUUUCUCAUGCGGCAUUCUUAAGGAAUGCUCGGAACAGUGAGGAGACCUUGCGGAAGGAAGCAAUCGAGAGAACUGACCUCAGUCAUCUUAAAGAUACGUCAAGGUUGCUUUCAGUGGAUGUGAUGCCCGGUACAGUGUACCAGGUGGAAACCACUGGAGCCGUUGUGAGCUUAAAUUCUGCUGUUGGACUCAUCCAUUUUUACUGCUCUCAGUUACCCAGUGACAGGUAUUCAAUACUUCGUCCUGAGUUCAUUAUGGAGAGGCAUGAGAAGCCAGGAUGCCCCAUUGAAUAUUCAUGCCGGCUUCAACUCCCUUGUAAUGCACCAUUUGAAAAGCUUGAAGGUCCUAUAUGCAGUUCAAUGCGGCUUGCACAGCAGGCUGUGUGUUUGGCUGCUUGCAAGAAGCUCCAUGAAAUGGGAGCAUUUACCGACAUGCUCUUGCCCGACAAGGGAAGUGGUGAAGAAGUGGAAAAGGUUGACCAAAAUGAUGAAGGAGAUGCACUUCCUGGGACUGCUAGACAUAGAGAGUUCUAUCCUGAAGGUGUAGCUGAUAUACUUAAGGGAGAGUGGAUCUUAUCUGGAAGAGAUUGUUGUGAUGAUUCCGAACUUCAUCUCUACAUGUAUGCGGUUAAAUGUGUUGACAGUGGUGUUUCAAAAGAUCCAUUCUUAACUCAAGUAUCAGAUUUCGCAGUACUUUUUGGCAAUCAGCUGGAUGCAGAGGUGUUAUCGAUGUCGAUGGAUCUAUUUAUCGCUCGGGCCAUGAUCACAAAGGCCUCUCUUGUCUUUAGGGGUGCAAUAUGUAUUACUGAACGUCAGCUGGCAUCCCUUAAAAACUUUCAUGUUCGAUUGAUGAGCAUUGUACUAGACGUGGAUGUUGAACCUUCCACCACGCCUUGGGAUCCUACAAAGGCAUAUCUGUUUGUCCCUGUGGUUGGCGAUAAGUCUGUAGAUCCUUUUAAAGAAAUUGACUGGGAUUUGGUUGAUGAAAUAACUAGAGCAGAUGCAUGGACCAACCCCCUUCAGAGAGCUCGACCAGAUGUUUACCUUGGUACAAAUGAGCGGACACUUGGUGGAGACAGAAGGGAGUAUGGAUUUGGAAAAUUACGUAACGGUAUGGCUUUUGGACAAAAGUGCCAUCCCACUUAUGGUAUCAGAGGGGCUGUAGCACAGUUUGAUGUUGUCAAAGCUUCUGGAUUGAUUCCUAAUCGAAAUGCUUUUGAAAUGCAAAAAGUGGAUUUAUCAAAAGGUGAACUUAUGAUGGCCGAUGGUCUUGCCAAUGUGCAAGAUCUUGUAGGAAAAAUUGUAACUGCAGCUCAUUCAGGGAAGAGGUUUUACGUGGAUUCAAUACGCUAUGAUAUGACUGCAGAGACCUCCUUUCCUCGGAAAGAGGGCUAUCUUGGUCCUUUGCAGUAUAGCUCAUAUGCUGAUUACUAUAAGCAAAAGUAUGGGGUUGAGCUGUUAUUUAAGCGGGAACCUUUAAUAAGAGGACGUGGUGUUUCAUAUUGCAAGAACCUCCUCUCUCCACGAUUUGAACACUCAGAAGCACUUGAAUGUGAAUGUGAGGAGACGCUUGAUAAGACAUAUUAUGUGUUUCUUCCUCCUGAGCUCUGCUUUGUACAUCCACUUCCUGGAUCACUCGUUCGAGGUGCCCAGAGGUUACCCUCGAUAAUGAGGAGGGUUGAAAGUAUGUUGCUUGCGAUUCAGCUCAAGGAUAUAAUAGAUUAUCCUGUCCAUGCAUCAAAGAUAUUGGAGGCCUUGACUGCUGCUUCAUGCCAGGAGACAUUCUGUUACGAGAGAGCAGAGCUUCUGGGAGAUGCUUAUUUGAAAUGGGUUGUCAGUCGAUUCUUGUUUCUUAAGUAUCCCCAGAAACAUGAAGGUCAACUCACUAGGAUGAGACAACAAAUGGUGAGUAACAUGGUCCUAUACCAGUAUGCCCUUAGCAAGGGACUGCAGUCAUAUAUCCAAGCAGAUCGAUUUGCUCCAUCUAGAUGGGCUGCUCCAGGAGUGCUGCCGAUUUUUGAUGAAGAUACAAAGGAGGACUUAUUUGACCAGGAGAAAUUGCUUACUGAGGAUAAAGCAGGAACUAAUCUCCAUGAUGAUGAUUAUGAAGAUGGUGAAAAGGAAGAUGGUGAGCUUGAGAGUGACUCAAGUUCCUACAGAGUCCUUUCUAGCAAGACAUUAGCAGAUGUUGUCGAAGCAUUAAUUGGUGUCUAUUAUGUUGAGGGUGGCAAAAAUGCAGCUAAUCACCUCAUGAAAUGGAUUGGCAUUCAGGUAGAGUCUGAUCCUGAAGAGAUAGAGUGUGCAGUAAGACCAACCACAGUUCCUGAGAGCAUACUAAGGAGUGUUGACUUUGAUGCUCUUGAAGGUGCCUUAAACAUUAAAUUCAAAGAUUGGGGCCUUUUGGUUGAAGCUAUUACUCAUGCGUCACGGCCAUCUUCUGGAAUAUCCUGCUACCAGCGACUGGAAUUUGUGGGAGAUGCUGUCUUAGACCAUCUCAUUACAAGGCACUUAUUUUUCAUGUAUACAGAUCUGCCCCCAGGCCGCUUGACUGACCUGCGAGCUGCUGCUGUGAACAAUGAAAACUUUGCACGUGUUGCAGUUAAACAUAAGCUCCAUUUACACUUACGGCAUGGGUCGAGUGCCCUUGAAAAACAGAUCAGGGAUUUUGUGAAGGAAGUUCAAGGUGAAUUGUCAAAGCCAGGGUUCAACUCCUUUGGUCUAGGAGAUUGCAAAGCUCCGAAAGUUCUUGGGGACAUUGUUGAGUCUAUUGCUGGUGCUAUUUUUCUUGACAGUGGUAGAGAUACAAGGUUUACAUUUGCUGUUCGUGUGAAUACCGCGGAUAAGGGAUGGACUGAUGAAUGCAUAGGAGAACCUAUGCCCAGUGUGAAGAAGGCCAAGGACUCUGCUGCAGUCCUACUCUUAGAACUUCUUAAUAAAUGGUAUUCUUGA